AUGGAUUCAACUUUUGAUAUGUUAUGUGAUGUUGUUCCUGGAAGGGAAUCAUGGAGGGUUAAGGUUAGGGUUAUUCGUGUGUGGGAAGUUCCUAAUUUCUUGAAUCCUGACCAGAUUAAUUCGAUUGAAAUGGUUUUGAUCGAUGAGAAGGGUGGGAAAAUUCAUGCUACAAUCAGGAAACAAUUGUUGUAUCUUUUUAAGAACAAGAUUUCGGAGGGUCAUGUUUAUAAAAUUUCUUAUUUGGCUGUUGCACCAAGUUCUGGGAGCUAUCGAACAACGUUGCAUCCAUACAAGUUCUUUUUUCAGAUGAAGACCAAAAUUCAAAUCUGUCAAAGUGAUGAUAUACCAAAUUUUGGAUUGUCAAUUAGUAAUAUAUCUGAUGUUUGUUCUCAUACCAUUGAUUAUGAUUUUUUAGUUGAUGUCAUGGGUAUAAUGACUGGUAUUUCUGUAGAGAGGGAAUACAUUAAAGAUGGAAGAGUUACAAAAAUGAUAGUUGUGGAGUUGACUGAUAAGAGUGGUAAGUGUGAAAUUGCAUUGUUUGGAGACUAUGUUGAUAUACUCCAGAAGAAAAUGGAGAGUAAUUCUGAAGGCUUACCAGUUGUAGCUGUUCAAUUUGCCAAAGUUAAGAUUUUUAGAGAUAAAGUUUCGCUGCAAAAUGUCAUUAAUACCACUCAGAUUUUCAUUAAUCCUGAUUUCAAAGAGGCUGUGGAUUUAAGAAAUGGGAAUAUUAAUGUUGGGAUUGAACACUCUGGUGUUGUUCCUGUUCUUGGUCCUCGUGGUAAAGCUACUUUGGAGGAAGAUUUUUUGCUUGGUUAUCAAAAAAGCACAAUCUCAAAACUUUUAGGGUCAUCUGAGGAUGGUAUUUUUAUUGUUCUGGCUGUAGUUACUGAUUUGGUUGAUGGGCAAGACUGGUGGUAUCCCGCGUGUCGUUGUCACAAAAGUGUGAUUGCUGAUUCUGGAGCUUAUUAUUGUAAGGGUUGCGUUAAGCAUGUUUUUCAUAUGGUUCCUAGGUUUAAAGUUAAAUUUAAUGUUUGUGAUGAUACUGGUGAUACUAUCUUUGUUGUCUUUGACACUGAUAUGUAUUCACUAAUUGGAAAACAGUGCAGUGAUUUGGUGUCUGCUGGAAAGGCUGAAAAUGCUGGGUUUUAUCCAAGUGAAUUGAAGAAAUUAAUUGGUGCUAAGUUGUUGUUUAAGGUUGAAAAAUCUUCCUCAACCAAUGUUUUAUUCGAUGGUUCGUUUAAGGUUAAGCGUGUUUGCAAUGAUUCAUCUAUUUUGCAAAUUUUCAAUUCUCAUGUCUCUGGAAUUUCUGCUGCUGAGAUUGAAACUCAACUAGAUGGAUUUGUAUCUGGUCUUUUGGUUUCUCCUGGAUCAGAACUGGCACCUACUAAUAAACAAUUUGCUGCUGGUUCUGCGAAGAGAGAUUUGUCCACUGCUUUUGAAGAUGCUGAUGUUUCCAAUGGUGCUGUUCCAAUUAAGUCAGUGAAAAUUGAAAAGGAGUAG